GUGUGUGUGUGUGUGUGUGGAAGGGGCUCUCAGUCAUGGGUGUGGUGGCGUGGCUGAAGAGCCUGUUCGUACUGCAGCUCUUGAUUGGCUUCGUGUUCGUUGUGAGCGGCCUCAUUAUCAACUUCACGCAGCUCUGCACCUGUGUGCUGUGGCCCUUCGACAAACAGCUGUACCGCAAGAUCAACACCAGACUCUCCUACUCGCUAUGGAGCCAGUUGGUGAUGUUGUUGGAGUGGUGGUCUGGCACAGAUUGCACUCUGUACACCGAUCAGGCCACAGUGGAUAAGUUCGGGAAAGAGCACGUCAUCAUCAUCCUAAACCACAACUAUGAGAUUGAUUUCUUGUGUGGCUGGACCAUUUGUGAGAGAUACGGCGUGCUGGGGAGUUCUAAGGUUCUGGCUAAACACGAACUGCUGAAAGUGCCUCUGGUUGGCUGGACGUGGUACUUCCUGGAAAUAGUCUUCUGUAAGCGGAAGUGGGAGGAGGACAGGGAAACUGUCUUCAGUGGGCUGAACCGUCUCCGAGAUUACCCAGAAUACAUGUGGUUCCUGCUGUACUGUGAAGGAACGAGGUUUACAGAAAAGAAGCAUCAGAUAAGCAUGCAGGUGGCCGAGAGUAAGGGUCUUCCAAAACUGAAGUACCACCUGCUGCCCCGCACCAAAGGAUUCACCACUACACUGCAAUGCCUGAAGGGAACAGUAAAAGCUGUGUACGAUGUCACGCUGAACUUCAAAGACAAGCAGAACCCAACCCUGCUGGGAAUUGUUAGCGGGAAGAAAUACAAAGCAGACCUGAGCGUCAGGCGCUUCCCUGUGGAGGAGAUUCCUGAUGAUGAAAAGGAGUGUGCUAAUUGGUUACACAAGCUCUAUCAAGAGAAGGAUGCGUUACAAGAGCACUAUGAGAAGGAGGGCAGUUACCCCGGCCCCACCAUCAUACCCAAACGUCGGAUUUGGACUCUGCUGAACUUCCUGUUCUGGGCUACUCUCCUGCUUUCUCCGCUUAUUAACUUUGCCUGGGAUGUCUUUGUCAGCGGCUCUCCCCUCCUCAUCAUUGGCUUCAUGAUCUUCCUCAUUGUCGCUUCUGUAGCAGUUCGCCGGCUCAUUGGAGUAACCGAAGUGAACAAGACCGGAUCCAGCUAUGGCAACGUAGAGGCCAAGAAGGAGAACUAAACAUUUUCAUCGUGUCAACACCAUGUGGCCACUGUAACGCUCACCCUACGGUCCAGCCUCAGGCACAGAGCUGCCCUGUGUGCAGUUAUCCUUCUUUUUACAAAAAAAAAAUCUAAUAAAAAAUCAAAUAAAAAUGAAUGAAAUAUUAAAAAUCUCUUCAAUGCAGCAUUGGGAGGUAUAUAGGGAUAUAACUAUAGAUAUAACUUAAACACACUAGUCUAAAAACAUUAUGAUAAUUUUUAUGAACCAACUAAAUGGGAAAUAGAAGAGAAGAAGCGCUCAACAGCUGCGGAUCGAUGCCGAUAUGCUUGUCUCCUCUGGCGGAGAAAGAUGAGAUGACCUAGAGAGACCAACCGCUGAUUCUAGUCACCCUAUCAGUGACUUUUCCCUCCUGUUUAGCCCCGCCCAUUUUCCCUAACAAGCUCACUUGCUGACCUAGUUCUCUAUUAAUAUUUAUCAUCUCCGGAAGUGCUUUGUAACACUUCCUUCUCUGCAUCUACACUAUCAGCACCUCCAUAUCAGUAGCCGUUUCUUCACAGCGUUUCUCUUUGGAUCACUCGAGUCACUCGAACUGAUUUUCUAUGCUCAGAAUUUCACGUUACGGGCCGGCAGAGCAUGCUGCAGUUGAAGAAGACAGACAGCCCAGCCAAUCAGAGAUGAGAUGGUCAUGUCACAGUCCCUAACUAACAAAUGAACUGCUGUAGAUCUUUGUCGGGGGUCUAUUGCAGCUGGAGUGACAUUGAUGGACACUGUUAUAUGACCAACUUGACGUUAAUAGAAAUGGAUUGAGCAGGGUUUCUAAGGAAAAGUAUGUCUUCUGUAACUUUACCUUUUCACAAUGGUGUCUUAUCCCACUCCAUCACCAUUGCAUUACUGGGUAUACUGAAUAAGCAAUACAUGUUUUCUACCAAUGUACUCCUAUAUACCUAGAGCAGGGGUGUCCAGACUCCGUCCAGGAGGGCUGCUGUCCUGCAGACUUAAGCUCCAACUAGCUGAACCCUGCAGGACAGUGGCCCUCCAGGAGCAGGGUUGUACAGCCCUGACCUAUGGCACCUCUUUAGUCAAUUUUGUCCAAAUAAUUAAAGGCCCGUGGACUGAGAUUAAUUUGCCCACCAUCUCUAGUCAUGUGUAACUAAUGAAAUAUAGGGGUUAAAGAGUGAGAUACUGAGAGGAGCUGAAUGACCAAGAAGAAAACGAUCAGUUCUGUCAAUAAACAAAGAUUGUGAAACC